AUGUGUGCUCUUCGACUCCGCAGACUCGAGAGGCUCAUGAAUGUGGCGAUGGGACUCUAUUUCAUCUACCUCGGUUGGGGGCUCCUCGGCCGCCUGAGGACAAUCGCCCCCGAUAUCCCGUUCACAGCACACGGCGCAACGUCAAAAGAGUUGCAGGCCACGUGUGGCGCCCACGGAUACCUGGAGCUCCUGAUGGAAUACCAUAGCGACCCCAUCACGGCAUUCGAGCUUCUUGGUUUGGACCCGAACGCGCGGCCCUUCUUCCCCUCGGAGAACUCUCAGCAACCAAAGGACAAAUGGUACCAGGAAUUGCACACCCUUGUCGACAAGCGCUAUUCGGAAUUGAUGGAGGUGACGGAAGCCGCAAGGGACCAGAGGGGAGGUCGUGGCGACGCCGACCCUGACAAGCAAUACAAGGCAGCCAUCACCAUGUGCGCCGAACUCCUGGCCAAGGACAAGUCGCGCCGGUUUUAUAUGAAAACAUUUCUGCCCAUGCUUGCGGCCACCAUCCGGGGCAAGGACCGCGGUUGCGUUUGGCCACUUGUCCAGGCGUUCCAUCGCAGCCAGUGCGAGGCCACCUGGGCCACCAUGCGCCGAGCGGAUGAGCUGCAAGCCAAGGUCAUCACCACCAGCGACAACUGCCGUUGA